AUGGAACAAGAUGUUGUAAAUUUGAAAAACCAUACUACUCAAUAUAAAGUACUGAAAGAUGAAGAGAUAAAACAAAAAGCCCUGAAGACAUAUAUGGAUAGCGAUGAGUAUAAAAAAGAAGUUGAAGCAAAUGUAAAGGCAGAAAAACUUUUACAGUUGCAAAACCAAACCGUACAGUAUGAAAACUUAGCACAAGAAAGUAAAAAUAACGACGCAGCCAUGCAAAAGGCAAUGAAAAGCGCAGAAUAUAUAAAAGCUAACAAUGACUGGUUAGAUGCCCAAGCCAACGCUAAAGCAGCCCAACUUAUAGGGUCAAUAAGGACAAAAAUACAAGCGGAUGAAGACAGUUCAAAUGAAGCUUUAACAAAUGCUGACUUUAAGAACGCCUUCGAAGCUCUUCAUAGUAAGGUGAAACAAGUGAACGACUUCUCAUCUGGAAAGAAACUGAAGUCUGAAGGUUUCGACAAAGAGUUAAGAGAAGUAGCACAAAAUCUGACGAAAAUAACAGAUGCAACAACGAGACAGGCAGUUCAAAGUGCCUAUGACGCCGUUAGAGCAACUGUUGUGGAAAGUCAAGAAAAAGAGUUACAACAGACCAAAACAGACCUAGUAAAUGCUUUCUUAAAAACGAAAAGUCAGGUAGGACAUUAUGCUGCAGAUGGAACAUAUGUGCCAGCUGGUGGAACUUAUAUACCAGCUGGUGGAACUUAUAUACUAGCUAGUGGAACUUAUAUACCACCAAACCCUCCAAGAGAAGCACCUGCACCAGGACUACCUAAAACAUUUACAUCGUCACAUGGACACAGACACAGGCAUGCACCACAACAACAACCAAAACCAACAGUUCAAAAUCCAGCACAACAACAACAACCAGCACAACAACCACCUCCACAACCAGCACCACAACCAACAGUUCAAAACACUGCACCACAACAACCACAAACAGAGCAAGGACAUAAAAGAAGUAGAGAACAAGGAAACCAAGAUUUCUUAAAAAUGCUUAAAGAAGACUAUGGUUACCCAGAUACUCUUGACUUUAGUGACAGAUAUAAAGA